AUGGGGCCCGAUCCGGCGCACGGAGACGGCGCGGCGGCCCCGCCGAGCCCCCGACGGAAGAGGAUGAGGGAGGACUCCGGGCCGGCGCUAUCGGGCCCGGAGUUCAGGAUCUCGGCGACCAAAUGGCAGUACCGAGGGACCAAGACCGCGCCGCUUGCGGGCGCCGCUGAGGGCCAGGAGCGGCCGAAGGCGCCGAGGCCAGCACCAGCCCCCGAGCCGAGCGCCCCGGCGGAGCCAGGGCUGGCAAGCUCGACGGCCGGGCCGAGGCCAGCGGACGCGGCGGCGGAGGCGGGGCAGACGGACGCGACGGCGGCACCGGAACUGGCGGACGCAGCGGCAGAGCCAGAACCGACGGGAGUGACAUCCUUGCUGGGACCGGCGGAUGCGGUGGCCGAGAGGGUGCCGGCAGACGCAGCGGCCGAGGCGGAGACCCAGCCGUCCCCCGAGCGCUCGGUGGCAGACGAGCUGGACGUGUCUGCGGCGCUGCUCGGAGCAAUGCGCGCAUGCACACUUGACGUUAAGGCAGCCAUGAGGCGUGGGGACGGCGUGGGAGUGGACUGCAUUGCGCCGUACAUGUUCUACCUCUACAGCCAGUACAACUUCGACCAGGGCGACAUUGGCCGCCUCUUCAUCUCCGGCUUCGGAUCGUCCAUGCUCUUUGACACCAUCGGCAGACCCCUCGCUAACAAGCAGUUUAAGGAAUCUAAUAUGCAGGGGGCAGAAGAGGGCGUGCAUCACCUACAUCAUGAGCUGCAUCACCAAGCACUCGCCCCUAGGGCUUAG